GGUCACAUCCCUUGGUUCUGCUGCGAGCGCUUCCAUUCGGUCACACCGGGCAUAUCCACAGCAGCGGAAACUGAAAGCAUUUAAACGUUGUCACUGCUGUGAGGAAAUGUGGGGCUACUUUUCCGGAGAACAAAUUCUUGGAAAUCUGUUUUAAAAAACGUCUUUGCAAUGGUGGAAUGAAUUUGGACAGAAUCGCAGAGACCGUGAGACCUCCACCGACGCGCGACAUGGCCUCUACGUUUCACUUGCCGAGAACUUCGAACAGCACUCGAGAAACGUUAGAGAACUCAAGCAGCGAGUCAUCAGAUACUGAAAUAGCAGAAAAGGAGAGAAGCGUAGAACACAGAAGCGAUGAUGGAAACGCAGACGAUCCCAAAAAGAAAAAAGCCAGAAGGCAGAGGACACAUUUCACCAGCCAACAGCUGCAGGAGCUGGAGGCCACCUUUCAGCGGAACCGCUACCCGGACAUGAGCACGAGAGAGGAGAUAGCUGUGUGGACAAAUCUCACUGAGGCCAGAGUCAGGGUGUGGUUCAAAAAUCGUAGGGCCAAAUGGAGGAAGCGUGAACGCAACCAGCAAAUGGACUUGUGCAAGAACAGCUACCUUCCCCAGUUCAGUGGGCUCAUGCAGCCGUACGACGACAUGUAUCCCGCCUACACCUACAAUAACUGGACGAACAAAGGACUGACCCCGGCCCCUCUGUCCACUAAGAACUUCACUUUUUUCAACUCAAUGAGCCCACUCACAUCCCAGUCAAUGUUCUCGGCUCCUAACUCCAUAUCUUCUAUGACUAUGGCCGGGGGAAUGGGUCACUCCGCUGUACCCGGGAUGCCCACAGCUGGUCUGAACAACAUCAGCAAUCUUAACGGCAUCGGCACCUCCACAAUCAACUCAGCCAUGUCCUCGUCCGCCUGUCCGUACGGACCGCCCGGUUCUCCUUAUAGCGUAUACAGAGACACGUGUAAUUCUAGCCUGGCGACCCUGAGACUGAAAUCGAAACAGCACCCAACCUUUGGAUACAGCGGGUUGCAAAGCCCCGGGUCUAGCCUUAACGCCUGUCAAUACAACAGUUGACGGAUCAGCCUUGAUGAAAAUAAUUCGCGGACAGACGUAGGCCUAGCAUGGCUACCUGAGAACGGGGCGAAAGACAACUAAACUGGAUUAGUUGCAAUCAUUUAUUUUUCAAAUGGAUUAUGCGGGUUGUAUGUGUCUACAGAUGAACUUGCACAACAAUUUAAAUGUCCAUGUUUUUUGGAUUUAAAAAAGUGAUGAAGACGUGUUACAUUGUACAUAACAUAAGAAACAGACAAAAGGAACUUCUGCUCAUUUUCACUUGCUUGCUUUGAGGACUCAAACCGAUUUGAACCUGGCUUUUAGGCCUUUUCUCUUGGUCGUGGAUUAGAAACAAAACGUGCGAGAUUAAGAUACAUCCAGACUCUGUAGAAGAAGAAUUCUGUUGUACAUAGCUUAGUCUUUUAUACGCUCAUGUGUGCUUUACCGUCUAUGCAGGGGGCGCCAUCGCCUGGUUGUGUUUUCAGUUUCUGUAGCGUGACUUCACUUUCAUAGGCUGUGCUUUGUCUGGAGUAUUUUCCUUUUUAGCCUAUUCGUUUGCUAAAAAUAGAAAUCCCGCAUGCUUUAACUUGAGUGCAAAGUUGAUAAUAUAAUGUAAGAUAAAGCAAAGUCCAUUAUACUGUAUACAGAAGGUGAUUGAAACGUAACUUCAUGUGUUUAUGAUAUGUUUGAAUAAACUACAGCAGAUAGAAGCUUAUUUCAGGUAUUUAU